ACUGAUCAGAACAAGUUCGCACAAUAGAGCAUUCUUGUGUAGGAUUGUGCAACUGAGAAAGCGGCUCUGAGUUUCAGUGUAAUUAUUACUUACAGUCGGUGCCUCCGGUUGUGAGUGUGAGUGUGUGUGUCCGAGAGAGAGUUUCGUACGCAGGCCUGUGUGUGAUGGGGCUGUCGGUGUUUUGUAGGGUACAUAUGUGUGUGUCAGGGCGCGAGACAGACAGAGAACCAGAAACUGAGAGAGACUGUUGAGAGGUGCGUGUCCCAUCCUCUCAGCCAAACCUCUCCUAGACGUCACACCAGCUUAUUAUAGGAACAACGUUGUCGGGUAUAGGACAGAAAAAAAAAUUGGACCUUCCCCUUUCUCCAAACUCCGGGGCGGUGAGUGUGACAGAUCGAGGAGGACAGAGAGGGAGAGACAGAAAAAAAACAGAGAGAGAGAGCGCGCACGCGAAGAACCCAGCACCGCAGCACAGCGGUUUCCUCACCGAUAGGAACGGACUAUAGCAGCCUGGCUGGUAAAGACCGAAAGCAGCUUAUUGAUCCCAGGACAGGAACUCCUCAGAGUGAUCAGAGUGGUAGUAUGCGGGUCGGCGUUUUGUUCAGGCUUUGUGUGUUGUGGGGGUUUGUGGUCGUCACAUCCUCCCUGACAAAAGCUGUGAAGAAAAAGGGGACAGGCCGGAGGUCCAGGCAGGUGUUUGGAGCUGAGCCCCCUGAGGGGGUGUGGUCUCCGUGGGGGGAGUGGUCAACAUGCUCUCAGAGCUGUGGAGUAGGCGUGGCUCAGAGAACCAGGAAGUGCCUGCCUCCACCUCCUCGCCAAACUCCGCCCCUCUCCCACGCCCCCCCUAACUGGGGCGGCUCUUUCCUGUCCUCCUCCUCUUUGUUUACUCCUGGGGGGGUCGGGGCCCCCGUCGCGUCGGCCGGUCACCCCUACUAUCCCCCUCGUUACCCCGGCAACCAGCCGGCCCAGCACGGGGGAGGAGCCGAGCCAGAGAGACAACUUCCUCCUUAUUAUUCCCCUGCUCUCUCAGCCAAUCAGAGUCCAGGAUUGUCUCUGUACCGUGACACGCCUGUAGCAGACGGGGAAGGAGGCGUGUCCAAUCCAGCUCUUCCCUUCCACCGGCCGGAAUUCUCAGCUGCCAAUCAGGAGCAGCCGCCAGUGUCUGUCUAUCGUUCACCACCAUAUCCUGUUGCUCCACAUGGCUACAACCAACCAACACGGAUCUCUAGGAGGCCGGCCAAUCCAAGCACAGCGAGGGGCGGUGGGGGAGGUAACAGAAGGUCAGUCUCCACCAAUCGGGAGGCUUUGCCUGCCAGGAGGUCCUCCUCCAUCCGUCCUGGGCAGUUUGGGUACGGCAGGGUUCCCUUCUCUCUACCGUUACACCGGCCCAACCGGCAGGCCCGCCACACCGCCAACGGAACCGCGGCAACCCCGGGAGCAGACACGGCCGCUGAUGUCGAGGACACGGACGGAACCGGCGAGGACGAAACGGAGAGGGGCCGGGCGGAGAAACAGAGGGAAGGAAGGAGGUCAAGAGUGGAGGAGGAGAGGAGGAAGGAGGAGAGGAGGGAGGAGGAGAGGAGCACAGAGGAGGAGGGAGGUACGGAGUCACCGGCUGAGGGGUCAACAGCUGCGGCGGUGAAGCCGGUCAGGCCGGAGCGACAGACGGACAGACACCUCCACACACACGCUGCAGCGGGGCGAGGGAGGGCAGGGGACAGAGGCCCGCCUCAGUCACGUCCUCUCCCACCCAGCCGACGAGCGUUCGACUGGCACACGGUCACCGCCCCUCCCCCGCCUCUCCACCCCCACUCCCCCCCCCUCUCUCACCCCUACUACUCCUCCCCCCUCCACCGCCCCGUCCCCCAGCACAGAGAGAGAGAGCCCCAGUCUGGUUACAGCCCCCAGGCCCCGCCUCCCCACGCCAGGCCCCCCCAGCCCAACAUCUACCCCCUGCAGCGCUCCCAGCCCCCCCACCUGGGGCCCGAAGGGGAGGGGGGCUCCCCCCAGAGCUACAGGUGCUCAGGAGGAGAGAAGGAGUACCGCAAGUGCUUCUCACAGGUACGUCACACCUGGCCUCAGCCCGCACUCUCACAUCUACGUGUCAGAUGGUUCCUCACUAGAGUUCUCCUUCCGUUCCUCAGCGUUCGAACCCACAGUCUCCUGAAUGCUUUGCUCAUUCCUCAUUUUGUUAGCUGGAAUAUUUACAGCCUGUACAGUGCUUGCCACAGUGCUGAAAUGGACUGUUGGGUAGAAGUGAGCUGUAAAGUUGGAGGUCAGGUAUGUGUGUGUGUGCGUGUGUGUGUGGCUGUCUUGUGAUAGGUAGAUCAUUCCCCAGCUCCAACAGUAGUCUGUUGUGUCUGGGCGCUCAUAUGGAAACUGUUCCCCUUCUGCUCCAGGACGUUUACUGUGUGUACACUGGGUGGGCAUUAGAAUGGGUGUGUGUGUGUGUGUUUGCAUACGCAUUUGUCUGUGUGUUUAUGUGCACAUGCGUAGGUUUUUAACGUGUGCGUGUGGGCACAGGCAGUUCCUGUCUGUGUGUGUGUGUGUGUGUGUGUACACAUGUAGAGGUUUGUGUGUGUGUGUGUAUUGCAGCGCCAGGCCUGUCGCUGGGCCUACAUGACUCGCUGUGAUCCCUCAGAGCUGCAGCGGUGGACUGAGCUCAGGGACGCAGGGAGAGACACACCCGUCAGUCCUGAUGGGUCCACAGCACGACCCUGCUGCUGGAGCAGGAGGAAGGGGGCAAGAGGAGAAGUAGAAGGUGGAGGAGAAACAGGU